AUGUCUUCAAAUGGAACAACGAACUUACCCAUCAGGGAUACCAACGUUUCAAAUGGUCCGAACCCUCUCAACCGUGCUGAUGAAGUGGAAGAUUUACUCAAUGCUGUCCAAUCCCUCAUCAUUCCCUUCAUCAGAUCGGCAGAUGAAGAUGCUUCCACCAAACACACCGGUCAUGGAAAAGCAAUCCCGGGUGGAGGUCCCAGAACAACACUUCUCGAACAUCACAAACCCGAGAAAUUAGUCCAACUUUUAGAUUUCAAUCUCCCUACCAAUGGGAAGGGAAAGGAUGGUUUAUUGACAACGGUUGAGCAAGUGCUCAAGUACAGCGUCAAUACGUGGGAUCAAGGAUUCUUAGAUAAACUAUAUGCAAGCACCAAUGCGGUUGGAGUUAUCUCCGAGUUGAUAUUGGCCGUUUUGAAUACGAAUCUUCACGUUUUCCAAGUAUCCCCAGCUCUCACCAUCAUCGAGAAAACAACUGCAAAGGCCUUUGCCAACCUCUACGGUUUCAAUGGACCCCACGCAGGAGGUAUCUCAACCCAAGGUGGUUCAGCCUCAAACACAACCUCCAUAAUCAUCGCCCGAAACAAUCUCUUCCCAGAAACAAAACAGACCGGAAAUGCAUCGCACAAAUUCGUCCUCUUCACUUCCGCUCAUGGCCACUACUCCCUUGAAAAAGCCGCACAAAUGUGUGGACUCGGAACCAAUAACGUGAUAUCCGUCCCCAUCGACCCCCAAGGACGCAUGAUCCCCAGCGAACUCAACACCCUCAUCCAAAAAGCCAAAUCCGAAAACAAAACCCCCUUCUACGUAAAUGCCACGGCCGGAACCACCGUCCUAGGUUCCUACGACCCCUUCACCGAGAUUUCCCAAAUCUGUAAAUCACACAACCUCUGGCUCCACAUCGAUGCCUCCUGGGGCGGUCCCGCCAUCUUCUCUCCCACCCACAAAGUAAAGCUCGAAGGCUCUCAUCUCGCCGAUUCCCUCGCUGUAAAUCCGCAUAAAAUGUUGAAUGUCCCUCUAACUUGUUCAUUUCUGCUCGGACCCGAUUUAACCAAAUUCCACAAAGCCAACACCUUACCCGCCGACUACCUCUUCCAUUCCGUCGAAAACGGCGCCGAAGUAUGGGAUCUCGCAGAUCUAACCCUCCAAUGUGGACGUCGCGGCGAUUCUCUUAAACUCGCCUUAUCAUGGAUUUACUACGGUACAUCGGGCUUCACCACGCAAAUCGACCACGCCUUUUCCAUCGCCUCCUAUUUCUCUCAGCUGGUCUCUGACCACCCAGAUUUAGUCCUAGUAUCCGAAAAUCCGCCACCUUGUUUACAAGUAUGUUUCUACUAUGCGAAAGAUAAGAAAUUGGGGGAUAGCAAUUCAAAUACAAAGGUAACGCAGGAAGUCACGCAGAAAUUGUUGGUGAGGGGUUUCAUGGUCGAUUAUGCAAGUGGAGAGGAUGGGAAAUUUUUUAGGAUGGUGGUUAAUGUUCAGACGAGACGGGAGACGGUGGAGGGGUUGGUGAAGGCUAUUGGGGAGAUUGGGGUGGAUGUGGAUGUUGUGGUUUAG